AUGGUAUUGGAAGAAGGAGCCGAGGUAACCACGGUUGCCGCCCGAACUGUAAACAAGAGGCACAUCACCGACGAGCAAUUGCUGACGACAGUUACCCAGGCCAUAAGCCUGGGCCACUACAUACGAAAGCAUGCCAAUAGACUCACCGCCACCGACAAAGUAAAGCUCGCGCUCGGCGUGGCCCUGGGCCAGAGCUACCUCCACUCCCGAAACCCGCCCUUCGCGUGCGACCUGAGGCUGCGCCGAGUGGUGGUGAUGAGCGACAACACGCCAAAGCUGACCAAAUUCACGGCCUUGACGCCCGGCCAAGAAGCGGAGAUGAGGAUAAAGGAGGACGUCUUCAUAUUCGGCAAGCUGCUGUGGGAACUCCUCACGGAGCGUCUGCCCUACGCUGACCCUCGCGACACGCUCGAGUGGUGGGCUGUUAGUGAGUUCAACCGGCCAGCGCUCGAUGAUGAGCGCAUCACGAGGCUGCGGCGCGGGAAGAAGCUGCAGGAUCUCAUUGGCCAAUGUUGGCGCCAGGAGGCAAGCACAAGACCUUCGGCGGAUGACGUCGUCAAGGAGCUAGCGGCCAUUCUUGCGCCAUCGACCAUGGAGCAGCUGCUUGCAGAUCUCCGUGCCCUUGCUAAGGAGCAUCAGAAAUUGGCAUAA